CAAGAAACGUACGUGUCUGUGCUGACCUGAUACGAUUCCACCAAAUGGCGCAAACCAGUACCAACACCAGCACUAGGAUCGUUGAGCUCUCGUCCAUUAUCCACGAACAAACAGUUAAAUUUGAUGCUUGCCUCGCAGCAAAUGACCUCCCAACUCCCUCUUUCGAUAUUUCUUGUCCGCUCAAGCUUAUCCUGCCACCUGAAGCUCAAGCCGCUCGAAAUGCUGUGCUCGAAGCUACCGAUGAGCUCACAAAUCUGAUGCUUGGCCCACUCGAAUCUCUGAUCCCGCCGCCCAAUUCCUGGAUCAGCAUAACAGCUCUCCAGCGUUUCAAGAUCGCCAACUCUUUCCCUCCCGGGACGACUUCCACCUUCACAGAAAUAGCUAGUCAGUGCUCAAUCCCGGAACCCGAUUGCCGCCGCCUAUUACGCCACGCCAUGACCUUCUACAUCUUCUCAGAGCCAUCUCCCGGCAUCGUCGCUCACACAGCGCUCUCCAAAGCUUUAGCAGAGAUCCCGCCCGUGGGAGCAUUCCUCGGCUUCGUGGCCGAAGAGAUGUUGCCCGCGUCCACAAGAAUCGUCGAUGCGAUGCAGCAGUGGCCUGGCUCAGAGGAAUCGAACGAGACCGGCUUCGCACUCGUCUAUGCUACGGAUACUCCGAUGAUGGAAGUCGUAUCCUGCGAUCCGAGACGGGCUCAACAGAUAGGCCAUGCUAUGAGCUUCUUGAACUCCAGACCGGGUGAGAACGUUUCUCAUCUGGUGCAGAAUUUCUCAUGGGUUGGGACAAAGUUAUUGGUAGAUGUAGGUGGUGCUAAAGGCACAGUGGGUCUGGCAAUCGCGCGUCGUGAUCCGGAUAUUAGGAUUGUGGUGCACGAUAACCCUGAGGUGAUCACGGGCACUAAGGUGCCCGACGACUUGCGCGAGAGGGUGGAGUUGAUGGGACAUGAUUUCUUCACGGAGCAACUUGUGAAGGGAGCUGAUAUCUACCUUAUCCGCAACGUUCUGCAUGACUGGUCAGACAAGUAUGCAGCCAAAAUAUUGGGUAACUUGAUCCCGGCGUUGAAGAAAGGGGCGCGAGUGUUGGUUAAUGAUAGAGUUCUCCCACCUCCGGGUGCACUGUCGCCAUACAAGGCUAGACAGCCAAGAUACGAUGGCUUUCUCUCUUUGCCAGAACUAAUCUCAACAAGCUUCUUUUGCUGGUUCAGGUUUCGCUGACUCUCAUAUCGUGUAGGGCAUCCGACCUCUACAUGAAAGGCAUCCAGAACGCGAAGGAGCGCGAUGCUGAGGACUGGAUCCAA